AUGAAGUUCCUAGUAGUGAUAGCAGUUUUGGUGGCUUGUGCACAAGCUGCCACUAUUUCGGAUAUUGCUCAAAAGCUUAUUCCCAGUUUUAACAGCAAUUUUGUCAUCAUGGGUCAUGAUGCUGUACCACAUUCCGCCCCCUAUAUUGUUUCGUUGAGAGCCUCUGCUAACCAUUCACACAGUUGUGGUGGUACCAUCAUUGCCAAGGACUGGAUAUUGACUGCUGCUCACUGCAUUCGUAAUCCCAUUGGCAUAUCUGUUGUAGCCGGUUUACACGAACGCACCAUCCUUGAUGAGAAGUCUCAAUCUCGUGUAGUUGAUUGGGGAAAGAUACAUGAAAAGUACACUGGAGGUGUUGGACCUUACGAUAUUGCCAUUUUGCAUCUUUCCGAACCCUUGCAGUACAAUCAAUAUGUUCAACCCGCCUCAUUACCUGCCGUUGAGGAAAUCCACUCUGGAAAAGUCCAUUUAUAUGGUUGGGGACUAACUAAAGCUGACAAUGUUGGCGCCAAAAUUUUACAAACUGUUGAAACCGAAAUUCUUGAGUACAAUGCCUGUAAGGCGACUUUAACUGAAAAUGCUCCCAUUCAUGAGACCAAUCUUUGCUCACACACUUUGAAUACAAGUAUUGCUGCUUGCAGUAAUGAUUCUGGUGGCCCAUUGGUCAUUGAACAUGAAGGUGCUCCCUCCGAAUUGGUGGGUAUUGUUUCCUGGGGCUACAUUCCCUGUGGUUUAGCUAAGUUGCCCUCCAUCUACGUGCGUGUUUCUGCAUUUAUUGACUGGGUUGCUAAAAUCCAAAAUGCUUAUUAUGUUUUGUACUAA